GACUCUCAGCAUGAAGUUGGCUUGUAGACCCCGAGCUCCCAUCUACCCAAGAUGUCUCAUGUUGCUGUGUUGGCUGGCCACUUUGGGAUGGUGUGAUGAAUCAGCUGAUUGCUUGCGUGGACCAACUGGCACUCCAUGCACCUGCUCAGAUGCUCUGCUGGACUGUACAGGUGCAGACUUGCAGGAGCUGCCAACACACCUGAGUUCCAGUAUCCAAUCAAUAAAUGUCUCAGAGAACCUGAUAACAAGUGUCAAUGGGAAUUUAUUGCCUACAAACCUGGAGAGCAUAAAUUUAACAGGAAACCCUGUAGUUGAGAUAUUAGGAACCUUUCUCUCUGUUAAACAAUUAUACAUAGAGCACUCUGGUUUGAAGAGUUUCCAUGUUGCAACUUUGUUUUGCAGUUUAAGAAUUUUACAUGCUGGUCACAAUACUUUUUCCCUAGACCCACAGGCUUUCACCUGUAUGGAACACUUGACACAAAUAAAAUUGAACAACCUGAAGCUGGUGGAGUUACCUGAAGAUAUUUUCACGGCCAACAAACACUUGCAGCACAUAGAUUUGAGCCACAAUCUGCUGAGCACUGUGUCUGAUUCCAUCUUUGAUGGCUUAGACAACUUAACCUUUUUGGAUUUGUCCAGCAACCCCUGGUCAUGUGACUGCAGUCUUGUGUGGCUCCAGACGUUUCUCAGGUCACUGGUCAACUCUGGUGGCAGCCUGUUCAACCAGGAUACCACUCAGUGUAGCCCUGCCUCACCCACAGCCUUGACAUUGACUCACACUGACACCUUCAGCUCCUGUCACCAUCUGUCUCAGCUAGCAAAAAGAUCAUCUGAGGAACCCUUUGAUUGGUUGAUUGUGUGUCAGACGCUUUCAUUGGCUAACUCUACCAAUAUACUUUGUGAUCCUCGUGAAGCAGCCUCCUGUGUUUAUGACUUUGAAAGCCAGAACUAUUCUCUGGUCCACUACAUGGCUCAGGUCAAGGACACACCAUCAAAGCUAACCUGCAGGAAUCAAUGUCACCAGUCAGGCUACCAUUAUUUUCUCUUUGACAUCCAUGACAUCCAUGACAUCUAUGAUAUAUGUCUCUGUGGCAAUGUCAGUAGCGAGUGUACAGACUGUGCCAGUCCACUCAACAGCUCCAUGACAUUAUGCUCUGGUCAGUUCAGCAAUCUUGUAGGUGGUUCUAGCAUAUUCUAUGACCUUGACUUUGUGCUCUGGCCUGCCCAGCCUCAGGUCAUGACCCUGAUGACCCUGACCUUCAGUAACUCUGACCCUUGUUACAAUAAGUUUACUUGGGACUUUGGGGAUGGCAGCAGGGUCAGCCAAGGCACCACUCCAGCAGCUUCACAUCUUUACCUCUAUCCUGGGAUCUUUGAGCUCACCCUGACCCUAAUGGGCACCUGUCAACCAGAGACCAUCUUCAAGGUCAAUAUUUCUGUGACCUACACGUCAGAUCCUGGCCAGAUGACCUGCCCCAGUUCCCCUCUCAGUACAGCUGACCAGGUCAACAUUACAGCCACAUUCACCUCAGCCUGGGGUCAAAAGGUCAUGUGGCAAUCUGAGCAGUCAGGUACACAACUCAAAGAACCUACGUCUUGUGCUGGCAUCUUGUCUGGUCCUGUGUGCUACGUGCCCAGCUCCCAGCAGGCAUCAUGGGAAGCAGCUCAGACUCUAUGUCAGACAACUUACCCCAAUGGACAGCUAGCUCAGGCAGCCACUGCUGCAGACAACUUGCUCCUUGCAAGAUUGGUACCUAGCAGCCGAGCCUGGAUGGGACUGAAGGCUACAAGUGUACCAGGGUUGUACAUCUGGCUGGAUGGCCGCAGCACUAGUGCCUUCAACAACUGGUCAGCUGGGGGUGGGGACGGAGCCUGCGUCUCUCUUGACCAGUCAGGACUUUGGCACACAGAGCCGUGUCAGCAGGAAAAACUUUUUGUCUGCCAGUACAGUCAAGAAGGUAUUAUCCAAUCUUCAAUCUACUGA